AACCUUGUUCGCUUACCACAGAGAGUGCGUAGGUCGCAUUCUUUCAAUUACAUGAUAUCAUCAGUCAGCUGUAAGAGAGAGCACCAAGCAACAUCGUCUAGAAGGCAUUGCUGGAGUCGCUCUCAUCAAAUGACUCCUACGUCAUCUUGCAAGUUUUCUUGUGACUAAAACGUGCAACAUUCUACCCACUUCUCUCAGGUGAUUAGCAGUAAUCAAAUAAUCCAUCAUGCAGUUCUCAGUGGGUGUUUUUGUUCAGUACUUCAUAUUCAUCUUGAUCACAUGUAGUUAUGGCCUCCCCAGCAAUAAUGAGACAAGUACCAACAACCAUACAACACGCAAAGAAACUACAACAAUAGACUCUACCACUAAGUCUGCAGAAAGUACUGUUACUCAAAAGCUGACCACAACAGCACAAUCAACGACGACAAAACCCACAACAACGCCCACGACAAUACCCACGACAACACCCACGACUAUUCCUCCUACGACGGGUGAGCCUACGACGAGACCACCACCCAAGAUAAGAGCACGGUUAUCAGCAGGCAGGCAUCCAUGGGAGGGAAGAGUUGAAGUCUCAAUGCAUGGUGGCCCAUGGGGGACAGUGUGUGAUGAUGGUUUUAAUAUGAAUGCUGCUAACGUUGUUUGUAAGAUGGUGGGAUAUAAGAAAGCAAUACAGUACUACUUUGGAAGCAGCGAAUUCGGACGCGGGUCAGGACGAAUCUUGCUAGAUGAAGUAGAGUGUGUUGGUAAUGAGAAGAACCUGUUAUUAUGUGAACACAAUCCAAUUGGAGUAACCGACUGCUCACAUUCUGAAGAUGUUGGAAUCAAAUGCAGUGCAGAGACUAGAAAAGUUAAACCACCAGAAAAGAAGCUAAAGAAGUACCAAUUUCGUCUGAAUGGUGACCCCACCCCUAAGCCUCAGUCUGAGGGUGUGGUUGAAGUGAUGAUGACGGGUAAAUGGCGGACAAUCUGCGCAGAUGGAUGGGACAUUGAAGAUGGACGAGUACUCUGUGGAAGCCUUGGAUUCAAAGAAGCUAUCAGUGUCCAACCAAACAGGAAAAAUAAAUCAAGGCAACGUAAAAAGUCUAUGGUUGCAUCAAAUUUCGAAUGCACGGGCAAAGAGCACAACGUGAGUGAUUGUGAACGAACAAUGCUGAAGUCACAUAAGGAUUGUGUUUCUAAGCGUGCAGCUGAAGUCAGAUGUGAACGGGGUUCAUUCGUCAUGGAUGCAGAUAAACCAUAUGCCCUACCUGCAAGGAGCAAUGCUGGUCAACAGGCCCAUACUGUACCGAGGCCUGAUGUUCGACUGAAAGCCGGUGCUGCAUUCGGUGAGGGUCGCUUAGAAGUGUUUCAUGGCGGAAAGUGGGGAACGGUUUGUGGAGAGGAUUUUGAUCUAGUAGCUGCAAGUGUGGUUUGUCGACAACUUGGCUUCGGAACGGCAGAGCAAGUAUUUGAGAACGCCGCCACCUAUGGUCAAGGUAUUGGUCCUAUCUGGUUAUGGGAGGUGGACUGUAAAGGAACGGAAGCUUCAAUAAUGGAAUGUGGACAUGGAGCUUAUAACAGAAGUAAAUGCGAUCAUUCACAAGAUCUUGGAAUCAGAUGCAACGCACCAGACCUAGGGGUCAAAGAAGAUAUUCGUCUUGUGGAGGGACGUUUCGAGACAGAAGGACGUGUUCUAAUAAAUGUCGAUGGUCAAUGGGGUCACCCGUGCGGAGGAGAUACGUGGGAUAUGUAUGAUGCUAAAGUUGUAUGUAGACAGCUAGGACUUGGAUAUGCUCAUCAGCCUAUGAGGAGUACGCGUUACAUGGGUAGAUCGGCUUAUCCUAUUCUAAUGAUGAAUGUAAACUGUACAGGUAAUGAGAGAACUCUACUUGAGUGUCCACACGUAAGAAGUGAUAAUGGAACCUGCAUGGCUGAUUAUAAAGCUGGAGUUUUGUGUGCCGAAGUUUUACCUGAUGUUCUAAUGGAUAUUCAUGUACUUGAGUCAUCUAUCUACAUGCAAGACUGGCCAAUGUAUAUGCUGCAAUGUGCUGCAGAAGAGAACUGUCUUUCAUCUGAAGAUCAUGUCAGAGGAGCACGUCGCUUGCUUAGGUUUGCUAGUGCUAUUAUGAACAGAGGAACUGAAGAGUUUCGUCCAGUGCUAGGUAGAUCAAGCUGGGAAUGGCAUGCUUGUCAUAGGCAUUAUCAUAGUAUGAACGUGUUUUCCCAUUACGAUCUGUUAGACUACGAUGGCCAGCGUGUGGCUGAGGGUCACAAGGCAAGUUUCUGUCUUGAAGACGUGUAUUGUGACAGCGGUGCUAGGAAGGUUUACAGCUGUGACGCAGGCACACAAGGAAUAUCGGUCAACUGUGUCGAUAUUUAUCGUAAUGAUAUCGAUUGUCAAUGGAUCGAUAUCACUGGUGUACCACAAGGAGCCUAUGUGCUACGGAUUGACGUAAAUCCAAACCGUAUCGUUGGCGAGACUGAUUUCGACAAUAAUGAAGUUGUGUGUGAUGUAUAUCUUACAUACAGAGUACGCAUUGCAAACUGCCGAUAUGUUGAUGAUUCAUAACGUUUUACUCAACACCAAUGGAACCAAGCAUCACCAUGACUCCCUGAACUGAAGCAAGGAACCUGAUUAUCAAUGAAAUACUAUGGAGGCUGUAAAUAGACAUUUAUAAAUUUCCUUUAUUCUCGCAUUUUGUACCGUCGAAGUAUGUACAGUGAAGAAAUAUUGUAAAGAUGUUUUAAUCUUGAUAUGUAUAUUGCUUUCGUUACUGAGUGUACAUUCCUGUUUAUAGUGUUUUCUGUAGAUCACUUUUAACUUACCAGAACCUUCGGCAAAAUUGAAUUACUUUAUGCCUUUAGAUGACAAAUAUUUUCGGUUUCACCAUCAGAUAGUCAUAAAAAGUACUGUUGGGUAAUAAUUCGGAUAAUAAUUCUUAUAAUUUGUGGUCUUGACGUUUCAAGCAAGAAAAUGCUGCUCUUCUUCUGCUCCUGACGAAGAGCAGACUAAGUUUGUUAUAACACAUCUUAUGACACCGAGCUAGAUCCGCCAAAACCACCGCCGGUACACGUGAACAUUCGUGUUUACAGUGCGCAUGUUUGUAUGUAUGAAUACACAAUAACCAGGAUCUAAUUCAUGUGGCAUAGAAAAGAAUAAUGAAUACUCGUUAAUUCGUGCAAUGGAUAGAAUACAUCAUUCGGUGAAAAAUAAUAAUAAUAAUAAGAGGCAUUCAUAAAGCAGGGGCUGCGGAACGGUUUUGCAAGUGGAGGGGGGG